UUUAAAAUUAUCUAAAUGGACUCCCAGCCUGAAAAUACCCCGAAUAUUGACGACAUUACAUCAUCUGUGAUUCCUGAUGCCUUUGAAGAUGAGCUACGAGCGAGGAUUGCUGAAUCUGAUGAAGACAGCUUUAGUCAGUGUUAUAAUAAAGAACUCAGGGUUAGCAAAGAUGAAAUCCCAAUAGUCCUAAUGGAACUUAACGAUGCAGCACAUAACUAUCUUAAAUAAAGAACAUUAUGAUAAGGCUUUGACUCUGUUACAGAAAUCCCAUGGAAUUUUAGAGGUCAUUUCACUCGACCAAAACAGGAGAGACAGGAAUAUGGCAGUAGUUACAUUCCAAAAUAUGGCAAUGUGCUACCAGAGACAAGGCAUGCUAGAAGAAUGUGCAAGCUGUCUUAAUUCCUGACUAGAAUUCGUCCAGAAAGUAGUCCCAGAGAACACUAUUUCUGAAAGAAUGUGGAUACUCAAGAACGAAUGCAAGCUCAGGAUGCAAUUAUGAGCUAUACUAAGCCAGAUUCAUAAGCAUAAGGAAGCAUUAGUACAAGCCCAGAGAAGCGUUAAGCUAAUCCAUCAUCUUUUCAAAGAUCUUUAUGAUCUCUGAGUUUAUUUCUACAGACGGCAGGAAAUAGAAAGACAGCUUCUGAUAGAUUUGAAAGAGAAACUUAUUAAUAAUCUGAUCGACAUUGACUCUGCUUCCUUGUCAGAGCUUAAUGAAGAGUCCCUGACCUUAAUUGAAAAAACAUCAGUAAAGUUAUUACCUAUAGCAGAAGAGAUUCUGAAAAGGAUGAUCAAAGAGUCCCAGCCUUACAAAUUUUGCGACCUUCCUGACAUGACAGAAAAAGCUGACAUGAGAAAUAUAUUAGGGUUCCUAAAUCAGAACGAGUGGGUUUAUAAUCUUAAUAUCGGAAAUGUGAUGCAAAUUUCCAGUGUAUCACAUACAGAGCUAAUGCAUGCUCCUAAAAUUGAAUAUGAGCUUAGCCGAGAAGCUUUCCUUGAGAAAAUCACAAUCCUUUCUGUUGCUUAUUUCUGCACAUCAACAGAGUUGAGAUUUAUGCUCCAAACAAAGGAUGAGCCUAUCCAAGAUUUGGAAAGGAAGGAACUAGUUUCAGAAUACUGGCAUGCUAAGAGUUUAGAAAUUGCUUGAGUAUUUCUUCCUUCUGAAUGUCCAUUACUAAAUCACAUAUUGCUAAGCUACCAAAAACACCAUGCUCCUUCUCAAUACACAAUUCCUGAGGAUUCAGAGUAUCAGGAUAAUCUCGUAAUCAUAAAACCAAUGAAUGGGAUGCAGUCUUGAAAGUACAACCCCAUUGUUCGGAAGACGCCUAAGCCAGAUCCCAUUCUCGAGCCGUACAACCUAGAGCCUCUCAGUAAAAUCACAGAUUCUUUGUUAGGAAAACUUGAAGAAAAUGAAGUUAAAACUAUCAUCACUCAGUCAAACAAGCACACUGGCCAAAACAGUGUGGUAAACCUAAAAGAUCGGAACAUUGAAAAUAAGAGAGAAUCAAACCGAAACUCAGAAAGAGCCAAAGAAGAGGAUGAGAAAGUCAUUAAAGAAACUUCUGUCAACUUUGAAGACGCCUAUGACGACUCUGCCAUAAUUGAAGGCCAGAUUAGGAAAUCUCAAGGUUUGUCAAAAACUGGUUCUAAAUAUGAAGAAAGCAAGAACUCUUUAGAUUCUGUAGUUGAGUGUCAUAAUAAGCCCAUUUCUAAUAAUGAUACUGAACAUUUGAAUCCUUCGAAUGAUUAUUCAAGUCAUCGUGAGAGGAGGAUGAAUGUUGAUGCCACCACUAACACUGAGAUAGGCAGUGAAGAUAUAACACAACUGCAGUCAAAACUUGAAUCUCUUAAGAAGGGUCCUAAAGUGUCUUCGAUCGGAAUUAACACGAACAACUAUCAAACUCCUCGAAUAAAGAAAGGUACUGAUGGUAAUGAUCCUAUCACUAUGGUAAUGGAAGAUCUUGAAAAGGACCCAAAGUUCAUCCAUGAACUCUCUGCUAUAAUUGGAGAGAGACUUCGGACUAAGCCAGCUAGUUUACUCCAAACUAGAGGAAAUAAUACUAUUGAAGAGUCAUCUAACGAGCAAAUUCUGGAUGAAAACAGCCAUAGAAUUGAUACCGAAAACUCAAGAGUAAACCAGAGCGAGAUACUUGAAAGUAAAAAUCAUAACUUCAUCGUUGAUAAGGCAAACAUAAAGCAAACAUUAAAGAAAGUUCAGAUGAAGUCUUCCAGCUGAAACCGUGAUGAAGUAUCCAAGGAGGCCCGAUCCAAGGCUUUAGACCCUCGAGACGAAAACCUCGGUCCCAAAGAAACAUCAAUAAUCGAAAAGCACAUGAACAACUUCCUCGACGAAUGUCUCACUGAAGAGAAAUCCUUCACACGGAACAAAAACCACAAGAAACACCGCAACAAAUCCAGGCCUAGCACAUCUCUGUUCAAUAAAAAGCGGAAAUCCUCUGGCAAUGGGCUAAUCCCAGGCGGACGCGGGUCUCGCCCGAACAGAACAGACUCUGCUACAGGAAUGAAUAAAUCAACAAGUAAGGAGAAAUAUAGACCAAGCUCGGCUUUCUCCUCUCAUUAUGUCAAAUACAAACCUAAAAGCAAAAAGCCACAAAAGAUAACUCAUCAGAAAAUUAAUGUAAAAACUCGGAACACACGAAACCAUCCAACUGGAGUCAAUGCUUCAUUUGAAGCAAUGAUCUCUGAGCUCCAUAAGCUAAAGAAAAGUGGAAAUAAGAAAGAAUAUAACAAAAUCGGUUCAGAAUCAUUUGAAAUUUCCAAAAUGGCCAACUCCACUCUCGCUUCCCACUCAAAAUCCACAAACCGCAUCACAAAGAGGUCAAAUUCAGGAAAGGUAAAACGGAGGGCUAAUGACAAAAAGAUGGAUAUCAACAACUACAAAAUGCUGCAGAUGCUUUCAAAGGAGGAUAUCGCCCACAACCAUUCUAUGUACACCAAGCCAAAUCCGAAGGUUCGGAAGUUCAGUGACUCUAACACAAAAAUCGCUAUUAACAAGUUCUACAAGAGCUAUGACACCACGAAGAAAAAGAAGCAGAAGGAGAAGCCUGCCAAGACUCGGCCCUCUGACGUCCUCAACGUCAGCUUCUGGUAAAGCAGCCUCGCUUGAAAGCCAGCUUGGCUUUGGAUUCGCAGCUAAUUUUUAGUAGAUUUAAGA